AUGGAAGGCAGUCAGGGUAUAGAGGACCGUCGGCACAUGCAAACUCCAAUGGUCGCAGAGGCACGCAAUAGUCGAUACCAAACAUGUUCUAAGGUUCCUUCCAAACGGCAAGCUCUGGCCCACAUUCAGUCUCCGACCACCGACGCAGCCGCUCCAAACAAGACUAAGGUAAAAUGGACUCUCCGUCGGAUGGUUCAAUCCCGCCAUCAUCAAUGCAUGAGAAAAGAUCGAAUCUUCCUCAAGGCUAACUCCAUCAAAAAAGGGCUGAAGACCUUGGAAAAUCCCCAGGCCCAGGGAAUUCUACACGCAGCCAACGACGUGGCCGACGAUCGCCCUGAUCAUGACAGUAUGGUCGCUGGCCUCCUUUCCCGCUUGGAAAGUAAGCCGGAAAUCACCAGAUUCGCCCUGCGCUCAGCCCUAGAUGGUGUCCGUCUAGGUGGGCACCUCCGCCACCCCCACAAACUGACCACCGACGCCAUCGCGCGUUGUCAGGCACGGACGGCAGUACAGGGAGGUUGA